AUGGGCGAAUUUAAUGAAACAGAGAUCCAUGCUGCCGCGGGUGCCGGCAAUCUCCCCAUCCUGGAGUUCAUCUGGAACAAGCUCAAGCCUAGACACCAACAUGAUGACUUUCUCUACCGGGCCGAUCUCCAUGGAAUGACUCCUCUGCACUGUGCGGCCGCCAAAGGAUCUCUGGAUUGCGUACAGUUUCUGUUGCGCGAAGGCGCGGAUGUUAACUCCUGCCCUGAACAUGGUAUGACACCACUGCAUUAUGCCGUGGAGAGCCCCAAUGCACAGGAAAUUAUCAAGGUGCUUGUGGAGGCUGGGGCUCAGGUAGAUGCCGUCGCCUGGAAUGGAGAAAGUGCAAUCUUUGGUGCGGUCGCUUCUGAUGAUAAUGACGCUGUCGUGGCGCUGCUCCGUGCAGGGUCUAGUGUCAGACUGCGGAAUCAGUACAACGAAACAAUUCUCCACACUGCAGCGUACAGCAGUUCAAUAUCUCUCCUGCAGACAUUGAUUGACGCUGGAGCGGAUAUGAUGGCGCGGAGCACCUCAAGCUCAAUAAUUCUGCACCGCGCGGCGGAGGCUGGGCGUUUAGAGACAGUUGCGUGGAUCCUAGAGCAUUCGCAUCUUCCAGCAGAUAAUGCAAAUAGCUACGGAUGGACUCCGCUGCACUUUGCAGCAUCAAAGAACAACCUCAGCAUAGUUAAGUUUCUCGUUGAGGAAUGCGGUGCAGAUAUCUUCGCCGUCACAGCAAUCCCUAGAAAUGCAUCCGCGCUGCACUUGGCUACUUACUCCUUCAGCGAUGAUCGGUACGCCCCGAUCAAUGGAACGCGGUCAGUCACAGACAACACCGCCCUAAUCAGUUACUUGCUUGCGUGUGGGGCGGAUGUAUCCGCGCGCGCGGACGAUUCCCUCUUGAAUGGGGGCUACAACUACGGAGAGAGCAUGCUAGAAGAAUUCCAUGUCUAUAUGAGUGGCACUGAAAUGGAAGAUGAUUGUGAUAUGGUCACUCCACUUGAAUGUGCUGCCCAUAUUGGUAGUGUUCCCAAAGCGCGGGUUCUGCUUGCUGCGGGAGCGGACAUCAAUGCACACAGUCAUAUAGGGAAGGGCUGGACGGCGCUGCAUUAUGUGGCGGGUCUACAGGCAGGCUAUCCUACUGGCCCAAUAGCCCCGAUAAUACGGUUUCUAAUCCAAAAUGGAGCGGAUGUGCGGAUUAUGGACAAUAAGGGCCGCAGCGUGGUGCAUUAUUUGUGUUAUUAUCUCAGGGCGACAGAGCCUGUGCGCGAGUUUUUGGCAGAGAUGGGAGUCUACAAGGAGGAUUUGGAAGGCGAGUUAGACUUAAAGGUGGUUGCUGGGCUUAUGAAGGGUUUGAUAUACCGAAAUCGCUCAUGA